AACCCCCAAAACCAAUAAACAAACCUCUCUCUCUCUAAAUCGCUUCACUGUUGAAGAACAGCAGCAAAUGAAGAAUCUACGCUUUUAAUCAGCAGAAACCAAUGGAGGAGAAGCAAAAGGAGUCCACACAAGAGAGAGACAAUUCAGCCGAAAAGAUUGCAUUUUCUGAUCAAAUGAUGAUUCCAGAAAUUAGCAGCAGCAGCUUGCUCGACCUAUCAGCCGAUCAUCCCCACAAGAAUUCUUCUUUCCGAUUCAUAGACAUGCUCAGCGUCCAAGAUUUCUCCAACCCUUCUUCCAUCUUCGAUGAUUUGCUGCCCGCUCCCUUCCCCCCUCCGCCGCCGCCGCCGGAAUAUUCUGAGGUCGUGAACACGCCGGCCACGCCCAAUUCCUCCUCCGUGUCUUCCUCCUCCACGGAGGCUGCUGCUGCAAAUGAUGAUCAGAAAGAGGACCAAGAUCAGGAAAAGGCUAGGAAACAGUUAAAACCGAAAAAGAAGAGCCAGAAAAGGCCAAGGGAGCCGAGAUUUGCGUUCAUGACAAAGAGUGAGAUUGAUAACUUGGAUGAUGGCUACAGAUGGAGAAAGUAUGGCCAGAAAGCUGUGAAGAACAGCCCUUUUCCCAGGAGCUACUACCGUUGCACGAGCACGGCAUGUGGGGUGAAGAAGAGAGUGGAGAGAUCUUGCGAAGAUCCGACCAUUGUCGUCACAACCUACGAAGGCACACACCUCCAUCCCUGCCCCCUCACGCCCCGGGGCAGCUUCGCUGGGAUGCCGGAAAGGCUCAUGCUUGACGGAGGAGGAGGAUCGAGCAGUUUCCCACCAAUGUUCCACCACCACCACCACCUCUAUCAGCAGCAAUUACCACCACAACCUAUGCAACACCAACCCUACUUCCAUAAUUUAUUGACUUCUCCUUUGAGCUUUAAUCCUAAUCCUAAUCCUAAUCCAAAUCCUAAUUUUAAUCAUAAUCCAAAUCCUGCAUUGUAUCCUAAUCUAUUUCAAGAAAGACCCUUUUCCCUCCCUGCCUUGGCCAGGGACGACGGCCUGCUCCAAGACAUGCUGCCGUCGCAGGUAUUCAAGCAGCAGAAGGAGAAGGAGGAGGAAGAGGAGGACUAAAGAGUAAUUUUAUUUAGUGUUUUUUGCUAGUAAUUAAUGUGCUAGCUUUAUUAGUUGGUAUGCUUUAUUUUUCUUAAUUUGCUGACCGAAUCUGGAGUUUAGGGGGUUUUCUCUUUAGAUAUGAACCACCAACUUCGUAGCUAGACUUGGCUUAAAAUGAUGUUUUUUUGGUUACAUUUCUUGUAUAUGUACUUAAAACUUGUCUUCAUAUAGUUUCAGGGUUUAAUGGAUAUAUAUGUGGAUAUAUAUUUAUUUAUAUUA